UUCCCUUCACAAUGUUUUUUUGCUAAAUUCUCUCAAAAAUGUUUUUCUUUUCUCUUGUCUUCAUUAACAACCUUUCUUUGUGCAUGGAAUAAGAAGAAAUCGGAAUUUAUUUGCUGGCCUUCGUAUUUUAUUGCGGUAGCUUCAUUGUGCAGCAUCAGCCAUGGCGCUUCCGGCGUUCCGGAACAUCCCACAAACUCCACCUUUAUCGAGAUCGCGGUCAGAAAGAGGAACCCCAGGAGGAGAGAGGGGAUCCAGUCCAUUUAUAUCUUCUGGAAGUAGCAACCCCAACUUUAAUCCUGUAAAACUGAACUCCAAGUCUGCCAGCUUUACUUCAAAGUCUGUUGUUGACUCUAAGCUGCCAAAGCCACCCAAACCCCCAGACAAGCCACUCAUGCCAUACAUGAGAUACAGCAGAAAGGUAUGGGAUGAGGUGAAGAAUGUAAACCAGGAGCUGAAGCUAUGGGAGAUCGGCAAAAUUAUUGGGGGCAUGUGGCGUGACCUCAGUGAUGCGGAGAAACAGGUCUUCACGGAUGAAUAUGAAAGAGAAAAGCAAAUCUACAAUGAGGCCUUGAAGAAUUACCAGAACUCCCAGGCUUACCAGGCCUACGUUGCUGCCAAAGGACGCAUGGCUGCAGAGCAAGCCCAAGAGGAGGAAGAGGAGAAACUGCUUGCCCAGUCAGACACUAAGAGGAAAAGAGAGUCAAAGCAAGAGGAGCGUGGUUCAAGGAUCAGCAUACAGCCUGCUGACGAUGAAGAUGACCAGGAUGAUGGGUUUUCUGUGAAGCACAUUGCGCAUGCACGUUAUCUACGAAACCAUCGCCUCAUCAAUGAGAUCCUGAGUGAGAGCGUUGUCCCGGAUAUACGCACUGUGGUAACGACAGGAAGAAUGGGCGUCCUGAAGAAGCAGGUCCAGUCUCUCACGAUGCACCAGACAAAACUUGAGGCUGAACUCCAACAGAUUGAAGAAAAACAUGACGCAAAGAAACGUCGCUUCCAGGAGUGUAGUGACCAGUUCCAUGAUGAAUAUAAGAAGUUGUGUGAGAGCAAGCCCCACGUCUCCGAUGAGAUGUUCCAAACAAUGAUCACUAAGGCCAAAGAGGAGUUGAAGCAGAAACAGGCAGAAAACCUCGCCAGACAGGAGGAGGAGCGUAGAAAGCAGGCAGUGCUAGCUGAGGAACGGGCAAGAUUGGAGGCUGAGAGACAGAAGAUGGAGGAACAAUUGAGGAGGAGCACAGAGGAGCAGAUGAAUCAGCAACACCAGGAGACCGUCCAGCAGAUAAACCAGCAACUGGGAAUGCCAGCGCAGCCCCAGCAGUUUGGUCCUGCAAUGCCGCCCCAGCAGCCAAUGGGAGGGCCUCCUCUGAGUGAAGAUAAUGUUGGCAACCUGCCUGGAAAUGAGGUACCUCAGGUUGAGGGUGUUGAAGAAGAUGAUGACAGUGUGGGCACCCAGGAGUAUGAUGACCUUGAGGGCAUACACCACGCCGACAACAUGGCCCCUGUACAUGACGAUCAUGAUACAUCAAACAGUAGAUCUGAAGAUGCCAUGGAGACAGAUGACAAUGCUGCAGCCAACCAGCCUAAGAAAGUGAAGGAAGAUGGAGCACCCCGCCCAUUUAAAUGUGAAAUCUGUGACAAAGCGUUUAAGCUGAAACACCAUUUAUUGGAGCACUCUCGUCUCCACUCCGGAGAACGCCCCUAUGAGUGCUCGUCCUGUAAGAAAAAGUUCCGUCACUCGGGCUCAUACUCCCAGCACGUGAAUAACCGCAGCAAAAUGUGCUCAGCGGGCCAGUAUAUUGAGGGUUUUGGGGGUGCAGGACUGAGCCCGGGAAAGCCCGUCUCUCCCUCGGGCUCGGACGGGUACUCUCCGAAAUCGGGGCAAAAGUAUAAGUCAAAAGGCGGCGCGGGAAGGAAGCAGAAAGAAUGGGGUUCUUCAGAUGAGAAGGCCGAUUCUCCUGCAAAACCUGCACAGAAUGGAACUGUUGAACCAUCCCAGACAGAAGCUCCCAAUGGGGAAAUAAAGACUGAAGCAGCCCCAGCCAUUGAAAAUGAAUAAAAUACCCCUGUACAGAACCCCACAUGUUGCAAUAUAGUGAAUUUGUGAACCCCAUUUACAUUUAGAGCAGGUGCUUAAAAUGUUGACUAUUGAGAAUGGUAAAAAGUGUGUUCAUGUGUUGUGUUGUGGAUAUAUAAUAAUGAAAAUACAUGUAUGUAGUAGCUAUUGUGUUGAAUUUUUGCAUGUCAGAGAUAAGUCAUUCACAUACACAGAUCUGUACUUGUGAAAAGUAAUUUACAUAGAUAUAGAAGAUUUUGAUACAUUUUAUCGCUUGGUUCAUUUUGUAACUGCUAUGUAAACUGUGUCAAUUAGCUGUUUUGUUUCAAGUGUGAUAACAUUUUCCUCUGUGUGCUUAAAAAAAGUUUUAAGGUUGAAAUGAACAUUAUUUAAGAAUGAAAUACCAUGUAUAAUAUCCUAAUCAUUGCUGCAUAUAUUUUCCCUUAGAUUUUCCUUAGUAUCUACAAGAUGACUUCCCUUCUCAUUUAGUUGUAGCAGAUAUGAAUUUUGCAUGUCAAUAAAUGUAGAAAACGAAA